GUGAUGCUGGGAAGACAGACCGCAGGCGGAGGGCAGUGCUGAAGAGCCGUAACAUCAGGAAGAGAGGGCCUCUCCCCCUCUCUGCCCCUCAUGCUGAAAGGAUACUGGUCGGCACUGGUAAACCCGGAGGGACGCUGAGCACCCUGAGUCGUCAUGGGCAACGAGAACAGCACUUCAGGCAGCCAGCAAGAGGACUCUGGCUUGAAUAACGUCAUCCUGUGGCCUCCAAACCCUGAGCCUCUGCAGAGGACUUCUUCGGCGCGGAGUCCAGAAUCCGUGCAACCACCCGGGAACAGUCAGAGAGGAGAAAGGAAGCCCGAGGAGGCACCCAGAGGCGCGGACCCAGGAGGCCUGCCCAGCGUCUGGCACGGAGGUUCCAGCUCUGCUUCUGAGGGUGCUGCCAGCCCAGACCCCUGCCUCGUGUCCCCGGAGGUGACUGAGCCGAGAGAGCACCCACAGGCAGCCAGGGGCCCAGAAGAUUCUCCACGUCCCAGUGCACCGGAGCCCCAGGAACGGGAGAGUCCCUCGUCCUCCAUGCGCUUUGCCGAGGGCUCCCCGGAAGGUUGCUUGGCAAGCCCAGAAGGGGAACAUGAAGGUUGGCCCCUGGUUCAACACCCUCAGAGGGAACCUUCUCCAAAUGGCCCAGGAGAGGCGCCGGCAGCCCCUGUCCCUCAGGACGACAACUCGACUCAGAACAAGGUGGUUUUUGUCGUCCCCGGUGCCGGAGGAGAGACAGGCUCGAAGGACGAAGAAGGGCAGAGACUGUCUUCCUCCAGCUCCACUGAUGAGUUGGCAGGAAUUCCACCAACUGCUUCUCCAGAGCCGAUGAAGGUGCAGCUCUGUGGAGAGAAUUCCUGGCCUGGUGAUUUCAACUCCCAAGGGCGAGAGGCUGCAGCUGGCUUUCCAUGGCCAGAGUCCCUGCAGGGAGCCCCCAAGGCCCCUGCUGCCCAACUAGGCCAAGAGGGCUCAGCCAGCCUGGAGGAGCCUCCCCUAAAACCCAUGACCUCAACCUCCCAAGAGUCAGCCCCCGAAUGCCCAGUGGAGGGGCCUCCUCAGGAUUUCACCGAUGACGCGGGAUUCCUCGGGCCCUGCCCUCCCACUGGGACCAGUUCAGGGGCCGCCCACGAACUUGAAGGGAAGGCCGAUUCCCAGGAAAGCUGCCAGCAGCCGAUGGGAGCGCUCCCGCCUGCAGAGCUGCCCUGGGAUUCACCAGGUCCUGCCCUGGCGCCAGGGGACAAGGACUCUUGGGAGGAGACUCUGGGUGCCCGUGAUGCUCAGGGUCACUCGCAGACCGGGAGCCAAGAUGCUGAGCCCAGUCAAGUCACCUGGGCGGCGAUAGCUGACCAGCCGGAGGGAGUUUUGUUCAUGAGCCCUGAGCCUGCCCCACAUGCCGCAACCAAGGAUGCGGGUCCAGCUUCAAGCCUCCCCUCCCUGCCAGCGGCUCUGGCCUCCGUGGCUGCAGAACAAGCCAGGGAGAUGGUUUCCGUGACCGAGAUGCCUGUUCUCACAGAUCUGGCUACAGAGAGGGUAGAAGCAGGGUUGUCAGGACCGGAGAAGCAAGCAUCAGACCUCAGAGGAGAAGGAGAGGGUCGGGAAGGAGGCCCCAGAGAGAUUCCUGCUCCUGCCUCCCUGGAGGAAAGGGCAGAGCUUGGGAAUAGGGAGCUAAGCCAUGAAGUCCAACCAAAGGUUCCAGCUCUCCCCACUCCCAGAGCAUCAGAUGAGAGUGCCAGCAGGUCACUAGGGCCGAAGGAUGAAGCCAAGGCCCCUGAAGACCCAGCUGUGGCUGAGAAGGAAAGCAGAGACUCUGGGGCUGAUCCUAGAGGACAGGGAGCAGCCCCAGGGCCCCUUGAUGGUGCACAUCCUGGGAAUCUACAGGCAGAGCAACCCGAGGCCUGGGGCUGCAAGCCUGAUCCAGAGGUGGAAAAGGACGAGGUUUCACAGCUGCCUGGAGAUGAGACCACAGGCCUUCCAAACACAGUCCUAGCACAGCCACUCGGAGAGGAGAUCCCUGGGCAUGCGGACAGGUCCGACUCUCCCUCAGAAGAUGCAGCUUGGAACGUGGUGGCCCGUGGAAUGAUGGGAGAAUCCCAAGUGGUCCACGCAUCAGGCUCACUGCACAAGCUCCCUGAACAGCAUCCUGGCCCACUCUCUGGACCAGAAGGAGCUGGUGAACGUGUUCUUCCCCGGGGAGCCAUUUGGGCGGGGCCGGGACUGCAGACCAAAUGUCCCGACACCCUUCAGGACGUGGAGGGACUGGGAAGAAUGGACUCUCUUCCUGCUUUAGAAUCUGAGAAAUCGGAUUUCCUGUCGGCUCCUGCUCCAGAGGUCGUCCCCAAAGCCCAGGAGGUGGAGAGCAUGCCUGAAAUAAAGUCAGGGAGCCACCCAUCCGCACAGAGGCCCGGCCAUGGGGAGGGGGAGGGCUCGCUGACACCCCCUCACCCCCAUGGGCUGGGGCGUGACGCAGCUGGACAGGAAGUCCAUGCUGAUGGGCCCCCUCCCCCCGAGGAAGAGAACUGGGCAGUGGACUCUGGGCUCACAACGCUCGGCCCGGAGCAAGAUCGGCAGGGAAACCUAUCUCACCCAGGGGACAGCAGCAUAGAAGUGAUUGCAUCCGAGAGGCCCUUACUGUGUCCUGAGAACCAUCUCCAGAUAUCCCAGACACACCCAGAAGCAUCAGUCUUCGAUAUGCUCAGGGAGACAUCCCAACAGUGCGAAAGCAAGGUAGAGACUUAUCCAGGUGAUAUGGAUUUUAACAUCCUGGGUGCAGAUUCUCCUCAAAUCCACAUACCUGUGGAACCUCAGGAAGAUGUGAGCUUAUCCACUCAUGGAGGAAAGGAACGGGCUUCUGAAACAGAACUUCAAAGUGAACUUCGCAAAGGCAGUCUGUCUGAUGCUCCGAGUUCAGCUCCUGGGGACACAGUUCUGGAGAAUCCCGCAACCGAGAACUCGCAGUUGUCAGCACCCACAAGGCCUGAGUUGCCUGCACUCGGGGAGACGGGGCAAGACGGAGAAUGCAGCAUCAGUCAGCUGUCCAGGAGCUCAUCUCCUGCAGUGGACACCUUCCAAGACCCUUCUCUUGCAGGUAGCUUGAACAGAAAGGAACAUAGCUGUACUGGGCAGGGGCCACACGAGUCCCAACAGGAGCUGGUUGAUGGGCUGAAUGCCGGCAGCCAGCAUGAAGAAGCAUGUCUUGAGGACGCAGGCAUUUCAGGAGCAGCUGAUGCUUGGCCCCAACUCCAGGACUUGGGCAAGACAGCGAAGGCAAGUGGAAACACCGUGGGGGCCCCGCCUUGUCGGCCUGACUCAGUAGCUCUCCCAGAGACAGCUCACUGCCGGCCGGUUCCAGCACCUACCAGUCCCCGAGCCACACCCACCCAGGAUGCCCCAGUGAGAGAGGCAGGUGAAGAAACCCAGGAGGGCGGGCAGCAACCGGGGUUGGUCCCACAGAAGGAAAUGGAGCACCUCACUGCCUCGGAUACAGAGGUCCCGGAGCUUUCUGGGAUUUUCCCAUCAGUCAAGGAUCACGGUGCGGAUGGUGCUGAGACUUGUGGGAAGGCGGACGGAGGAGCCCUGGGGAUGUGGCAGGCUCUGGGGGAGCCAGGCUCCCUCCAAAUAGAGCAGCGCCCCUCCCCUGGGGAGGAAGCCUCUACCCCUGCUACAAGUGAGCAGCUCUCGGCCAACUGCCAGGAUGUCUGGCCUGUAGCUAGGGAGCUGGCUGGGAGUCCCAGGAGCCUGGUGGAUCUUUUUGCAGUGCAGGUUGCCCCUGACUCAAAGAAGCGCCUGCCAUCUGGACCCCCGGAGGAGGCUGCCCCUGGCACUCCUUACCUGCACAUCGAGGGUGCUGCCAGGAAAGGGCUGGAAGAUAGUGUCGUCAAAGCUGUCUCACCUCAAGGCCCCGGAGCCCCUGGUGAAAGCCCUUGUUCCACUCGGGAGCCCCUGCUUGCCUCGGAAAAGGCCUCCUCCACGGAGGGCUCUGCUGAGUCCUCCCUCUCGCAGGCAGGAGCUGCAGGUGAGGGAAUCUCUGCAGCGCCAGCCAGCCCCAGAAGCCCGAAAGCUGGGACAUCAGAGGGUCCUGUAGACUCCGUGCCCUACCUGGACAGGAUGCCGUUUCUGGCCAAGGGUAAGCAGACCACAGGGGAGGAGAAGUGGUCAGGAGCUCCCGGUGCAAGUGCUGAGCCCGGUGAAAUUCCAGCAUGCCCUGUCAGUGAGGAGAGCAAGGCAGGGGAAGCAGCAAGAGAGACCAAGGGCAGCGGGGAGAGGAGGCUAGAGCCUUCCAAGGAUCCCAGGCGGGGAGCAUCAGCUGGUGUAGACGCCAGCUGCAGGCAGACUGGGAUGCUCGCUGGGUUGCCUGAUUUCAGGGAGCAUAUCACCAAGAUCUUCGAGAAGUCUGUGCUUGGAGCCCUGACCACCGAUCGGCCCCAGAGCACAAAGGGAGAAAAGGUGGGAGCCGGGAAGAGGAUGAUGGAGAAGGGCCUCACGGUGCCAAGCCCAGAGAAGCUUCCAGAUGCAACUCAAGGAGUGGCCGUCGCCCCUCUCCCCACCCUUCCCGCUGGUCUCUGGGUGGACUCGAAGGGGAAGAAGCAAGAGCUGACUGUGGAGGCUGAGAUUUCUCGUCUGGGUCCCCAGGAUCCAGCUCCAGGAAAGCUGCCGGGGCUGGCCUGGCUAGCCGCAGAGCACAACCUGCUGGGCGCCAGUGUCGGGAAGGAAAUGAGCGAGGCCCUGCAGAUGCUGGUGGACAGCGAGAAGCCGGAGGGGGCCGGGGAAGGCUGGUGGCCGGGACCUGGAGGAGUCCCGGCCCAUUCACAGCAGCCAGAUGGCCCACAGGAAUCAGCUUCAGGUCUGUCUUCACAAGCAGCAUCUCCAAAGAUUUCCGGGGCUGACUUGCAGGUGGCUCCCCAGAGCCAUGGAGAAGGGGAUUCAGGUCCAGAUGACAGGAUUCCUUCUGGAAAACAGUGCCAGGAAACAGCCCACUGGGACAGUCAACCCAGAGAAGAUGGUGCCCGGGGCUCUUCUUACCCAGGGGCUCUGGGUGACACGCCAGGAUCCACCUCUGCCCAGGGAGCAUCUCCCCACGUGGACGUCCCACCUCUGCCCGAGGCCAUCAGUGAGCCCUGCACCCCAGACCCGCUUGGGGGUGAGAGGAGGCGUGUAGGUGCAGCUGGCGUCUCAGAAACACAAGAUGCCCUGGGCACCCAGGGCGCCCCGGAGCCCCCAGCUGGGGAAGUGGCAGAGAAUCCGCUGGAGCCCGGCUUGGAAGCCAGAGCUGCUGGGGAAGCAGAGGGUGACGUCACUUUGAGCACAGCUGAGACCGGGGCACGUGUGUCUGAGGACCUGCCUGAAACAGGUACUACGAGAAUGUUCUCCGGUGUGGCUGCUGCCUCGGCUGUGCCAGGAAGCCCUGGGUACCCAGGCUGCUCAGAAGGGGCUCUGAGGAUGGAUGCUGAAGUUGCCCCAGAUGGGGGCCGCCCGGCUGGGCCCCCACAGGCCGAGGAGCAACCCAGGCCUGAGCUCCCUGCUUUUGCAGAAGAUGGGAAGAUGGGUGUCUCCUCACCCCCAGAACCUGACGAAACUCGGGACCUGAAGCAGCAAAACCUGGAUCCAGAAGCACUGGACGCUGAGAGAAAGAGCCCCAAGGCUGGCCCAUCCACGUUACCUUUGGUUCCUGAGAAGGAUGCUCCAGACAUCACAGACAAGGUUAUUUCAGAUGAUGCCAACAGUGCGGGAGGAGCAGAAAGCACCAUCCCAGCUGCUGCCCGCGUGGAUCUCACUGCCCCGGCCUCAGAAUACGCAUCUCUGCCUUCCGCCCCAGCUGGUGAUGGAGUCGAAGCUUCCGUUCCCUCCUGCCAACGUCUGGCCAAGGACUUAAGCAGGAGUUCUGACUCUGAAGAAGCAUUUGAGACUCCGGAGUCCACGACCCCCGUCAAAGCUCCACCAGCCCCACCCCCGCCACCCCCCGAAGUCAUUGCAGAACCUGAGGUCAGCGUGCAGCCUCCCCCGGAAGAACCAGGAUGCGGCUCUGAGCCCGUCUCCGUCCCCGAUGGCCCCCGCGGCAGCUCCCUGGAAGGCAGUCCUUUCCAUCCCCCGUCACACUCCUUCUCCGCCGUCUUCGAUGAAGACAAGCCGAUAGCCAGCAGCGGGACUUACAACUUGGACUUUGACAACAUCGAGCUGGUGGAUAACCUUCAGACCUUGGAGCCUCGCCCCUCAGACCCUAAGAAUCAGGACUGCAAGGUGAACUCACGGAGGAAGUCCACGGACUCCGUCCCCACCGCUAAGUCGACGUUGUCCCGCUCGCUCAGCCUGCAAGCCAGUGACUUUGAUGGUGCUUCCUGCUCGGGCAGCCCCGAGGCCACGGCCCCGGCCGCGGAUGCAUACAGCGCGGGUUCGAGCAGUGCUUCCAGUACCCUUAAGCGAACUAAGAAACCGAGACCACCUUCCUUAAAAAAGAAACAGACCACUAAGAAACCCCCCGAAACCCCCCCAGUGAAAGAGACGCAACACGAGCCCACCGGAGAGAGCCCCGACCCCAGCGAAGAGAAUCAAAUAGGCGACACGAAAACAGAACCGGCCAGGGCGGAAGGUUCUAGAUCAGCCUUAUCGGAGGAGGCACCCCUAGAACCUGCGGCUGCCCCCAAGGCGGCCUGCCCUCUGGACUCCGAGGGUGCAGAAGGGGCUGUCCCCCCAACUUCUGGGGGUGGCAGAGUGCAGAACUCACCUCCCAUUGGAAGGAGAACCCUGCCUCCGGCCACGGUCCCGGAGGCAGUGGAGGUGACCCCAUCAGAUAGUGGGGGGCAAGAGGACUCCCCAGCCAAAGGCCUCUCAGUGAGGCUGGAGUUUGACUAUUCUGAGGACAAGGGUAGUUGGGACACCCAGCAGGAAACCCCGCCUCCCACCAAAAAGAUAGGCAAAAAGCCGGUUGCCAAAAUGCCCCUAAGGAGGCCAAAGAUGAAAAAAACACCCGAAAAACUCGACAACACCCCUGCCUCGCCUACCAGGUCCCCCGCUGAACCCAAUGACAUCCCUAUUGCGAAAGGUACCUACACCUUUGAUAUUGACAAGUGGGAUGACCCCAAUUUUAACCCUUUUUCUUCCACCUCAAAAAUGCAGGAGUCUCCCAAACUGCCCCAACAAUCCUACAACUUUGACCCGGACGCCUGUGAUGAGUCCACUGAUCCCUUUAAGACGUGCUCUAAGGCCCCCAGCUCACCUUCUAAAUCCCCAGCCUCCUUUGAGAUCCCAGCCAGUGCCAUUGAAGCCAAUGGAGUGGACGGGGAUGGGCUGAACAAGCCCGCCAAGAAGAAGAAGACGCCCCUCAAGACGAUGGUUGAAGAUGUGAUGUCUGUAUGUUCUCUGUUUGACACGUUUAGGGUGAAAAAGUCGCCAAAACGGUCUCCUCUCUCUGAUCCACCUUCUCAGGACCCCACCCCCGCGGCCACGCCGGAAACGCCGCCCGUGAUCUCGGCAGUGGUCCACGCGACCGACGAGGAGAAGCUGGCGGUCACCAAUCAGAAGUGGACGUGCAUGACGGUGGAUCUGGAGGCUGACAAACAGGACUACCCCCAGCCCUCGGACCUGUCCACCUUCGUGAACGAGACCAAAUUCAAUUCACCCACGGAGGGUAAGCAACUUGGUGGCCAGCUGGACUCCCACCCUGCCUUGGAGACCACUGCCCCUAGGGAGCAAAAGGCCAGGAAGGAAACCGCUAAGCCAGAGUUGGAUUACAGAAACUCCUAUGAAAUCGAAUAUAUGGAGAAAAUCGGUUCCUCCUUACCUCAGGACAACGAUGCCCCGAAGAAGCAGGCCUUGUACCUUAUGUUCGACACGUCUCAGGAGAGCCCGGUCAAGUCUCCCCCUGUCCGGAUGUCCGAGUCUCCAACGCCGUGUUCAGGCUCAAGUUUCGAGGAGACCGAAGCCCUUGUGAAUACCGGGGCAAAGAUCCAACAUCCCGUUGCGCGAGGGUUGGCCCCCAACCAGGAGCCACACUUGCAGGUGCCAGAGAAGUCCUCCCAGAAAGAGCUGGAGGCCAUGGCCUUGGGCACUGCAUCGGAAGUGAUGGAAAUUACAGCUCCCGAGGGCUCCUUUGCCUCUGCUGACGCCCUCCUCAGCAGGCUAGCUCAUCCAGCCUCUCUCUGUGGUGCGCUUGACUAUCUGGAGCCCGACUUAGCAGAAAAGAACCCCCCAGUCUUUGCUCAGAAACUUCAGGAGGAGUUAGAGUUUGCCAUCAUGCGGAUAGAAGCCCUGAAGCUGGCCAGGCAGAUCGCCCUGGCUGCCCGUAGCCGCCAGGACACCAAGAGAGAAGCUGCUCACCCACCGGAUGUCUCCAUCUCCAAAACAGCCUUGUAUUCCCGCAUCGGGACGGCCGAAGUGGAGAAACCCGCAGGCCUUCUGUUCCAGCAGCCCGACCUGGACUCUGCCCUCCAGAUCGCCAGGGCAGAGAUCAUAACCAAGGAGAGAGAGGUCUCAGAGUGGAAAGAUAAAUAUGAAGAAAGCAGGCGGGAAGUGGUGGAAAUGAGGAAAAUCGUGGCCGAGUAUGAGAAGACCAUUGCCCAGAUGAUAGAGGAUGAACAGAGGGAGAAGUCGGUCUCCCACCAGACCGUCCAGCAGCUGGUCCUGGAGAAGGAGCAAGCCCUGGCCGACCUGAACUCCGUGGAGAAAUCUCUGGCUGAUCUCUUCAGGAGAUACGAGAAGAUGAAGGAGGUCCUGGAGGGCUUCCGCAAGAAUGAAGAGGUGCUGAAGAAGUGUGCACAAGAGUACCUGUCUCGAGUAAAGAAGGAGGAACAGAGGUACCAGGCGCUGAAGGUCCAUGCGGAGGAGAAGCUAGACAGGGCCAAUGCCGAGAUUGCCCAAGUCCGGGGCAAGGCCCAGCAGGAGCAGGCUGCCUACCAGGCCAGCCUACGGAAGGAGCAGCUGAGAGUGGACGCUCUGGAGAGAACGCUGGAGCAGAAGAAUAAAGAGAUAGAAGAACUCACCAAGAUUUGCGAUGAACUGAUUGCCAAAAUGGGGAAAAGCUAACUCUGAACCAAAAGUUUGGACUUGACCGUUGCGUGCAAUAUGACCGUCGGCACACUGCUGUCCCUCCGGUUGUGUGGACAGGUUCUGUUUUCACUUUUUCGUAUGCACUACUGUACUUCCUUUCUAAAUAAAGUUGAUUUGAUUGUAUGCAGUACUAAGGAGACUAUCAGAAUUUCUUGCUAUUGGUUUGCAUUUUCCUAGUAUAAUUCAUAGCAAGUUGACCUCAGAGUUCCUGUAUCAGGGAGAUUGUCUGAUUCUCUAAUAAAAGACAAAUCGCUGACCUUGGCCUUGCCCUUUGUACAUGAGUUUCCAGGGUGAGCGGCUUUUGGAUUUAAUAUGAUCGUGUACAGCUUGCUAAGGGACUCUUGCCUUAAGGAGUGUAAACUUGAUCUGCAUUUGCUGAUUUGUUUAAAAAAAAAAAAAGAAAAAUGCAUGUUUCAAAUAAAAUUCUCUAUUGUAAAUAAAUUUUUUUCUUUGGAUCUUGGCAA